ACCACACACUCUUCCACCCCCUCCCCAUCCCAUCCCUCUCCACCCUCCGGCUUGCCGCGCCUCCGCUUCCUCCGCCGGUAUGGCCGCGCGCUGCCCCUACUUCGCCGCCGAGGAGUCCGACCGCGGCAUCCGCCCGGGGGAGUCCCCGGCCGCGGCGCUCCGCCGGAUCCUCGCCACGCCCGGCGCGCACCAGGCGCCCUGCUGCUUCGACGCGCUCGGCGCGCGCCUCGUCGAGCGCGCGGGCUUCCCCAUCGGCUUCAUGGGCGGUUUCUGUGUUUCUGCGGCACGGCUUGGCUUGCCUGAUGUUGGCCUCAUCUCCUUUGGAGAAAUGGUAGACCAAGGGCGUCUAAUCAAUGAGGCAGUGUCGAUCCCAGUGAUUGGUGAUGGAGAUAAUGGUUAUGGAAACUCCAUGAACAUCAAGAGAACCAUCAAAGGGUAUAUUAAUGCUGGUUUUGCUGGAAUCAUGCUUGAAGAUCAGGUGGCACCUAAAGCAUGUGGACAUACUGAAGGAAGGAAAGUCAUCUCAAGGGAGGAAGCCAUCAUGCACAUAAAAGCUGCUGUUGAUGCUAGGAAUGAGAGUGGCUCUGACAUUGUUAUUGUGGCAAGGAGUGAUUCCCGUCAAGCCAUUUCUCUUGAUGAAGCAUUAUGGAGAGUAAAAGCUUUUGCUGAUGCCGGCGCUGAUGUACUGUUUAUUGAUGCCCUUGCUUCAGUGGAAGAGAUGAAGGCAUUUUGCGCAGUUGCACCAGGAGUUCCAAAGAUGGCAAACAUGUUAGAAGGUGGUGGUAAAACUCCAAUAUUGAGCCCUGCAGAACUUGAGAAAAUCGGCUUCAGCCUCGUGGUCUAUCCUUUAUCCUUAGUUGGUGUGUCAAUGCGUGCAAUGCAGGAUGCUUUAGUUGCAAUAAAAGAUGGUGGUGUACCUCCCCCUGGCGCGUUGCCAUCUUUUCAGGAGAUCAAGGAUACUCUAGGGUUCAACCGCUACUACAAAGAAGAGAAACAAUACCAAGUGGACAAGUGAAAGAUGCCACAACUCUAGAGCCGCAAAUCGACAAUAAUCUAUCAUAGUUUGGCGGUUGUGGAUUCUGCUGGAUAUGCUAUCAAGGUGCCCAUGGCUUAAGUACCACCAAACAUUGAUGCAGGCCCAUCGUGUUUAUGUCAAAGCUGUAACCUUAGCGACAUACUGCAACAUAUGUGGGGAACUUAAUAUCUGUGUGGCCUGUAGUCUUUUCUUUUGCUGUUUUUCGUUGGCUACUACCCUGUUGUGGUCUCAAUAAUCCUGAAUUUGUGGUUCCAAUUUCAAUAAAACAGGCCUACUGGGGAUGGGGAGACAGGCCAUUGAAAAUUCGGAGACCUCUCUGUGCGGCAUGCAUAUGUUAGCAAUUGAAUUCCAUGAAUAAGGUUUCCCAAAA